GCGUCCUUAAAUGUUGUUACUCGUCCAGUUGCCAGCAUAUUUUUCCUUCCCGAAGUCAUAUCCGUAGCUUGAAACUUCGUCAAAGUGUGAUUCGACGUUUCUCAAUCUUCCGGAAGUUUCCCCCUCAUUUUCGCGGAUAAUCGAAAGCUUCUUCCGAACUGACAAUCCGAAAAAUCAAAUUUAACAUUUUCCAAUAUUCUUUCGAAUCACGGUAAUCACAUUUGAAUUCACGGAGAAGGAGCAACGCAGAAUCGCCGACUCUUUACGGUUCACUAAUCUUGCGAAAUUGACAAAGGGAUGGAGAUGCACGAUGGGAAAAGGACUUGCAGGUAUCCCCAGAGUCUCAAAGCGAUCGAAAGGCUCUUCAUUGUAAUACUGAUCUUCUGCUUCGCUGAGUGUGCAGCAGGCUCUUGUCUGAGCUACGGUCAUUCGUGCUGGGGUGCCCACGGAAAACGGAGUUACGAUGGUCCUAGAGCUUCGCAAUAUCGACAAAUUGGCAGUCGAGAAGCCGAACGAGGAGCCAUGCAGGAUCUAAAUGGCAAAACGACAGGGAACGGCGAUCAGAAUCGCUGGCUCUUCUCUCGUCUGAUAACUGGGCGACUGGUGGUACCCGCAGCUGGUCCGAUCCUUGGCGAACGUCUUAGCAACAGGUGGCACGAGAGACAAAGUGUUGGCCUUCUACCGGGAAGUUGGGAGACCGGUUAUGGGAAAAAGACCAACGGGAUUUUCAGAGACGGCAAAGAGGAAACUGACAACAGCAUCGAAGAUUGGAAGGAUUCAAGAGAUUCUCUCGAGUUGAUAGACCAAUUUGCGAAAGGGCGUGACCAAUCGGCGGACCUUUUUCAUGCGUCAUCCCAAAACGAGUACGUCAAUAAUCAUCCAAGUCUGACCCGGAAAUUUCGUCUGUACAAAAUAUUGGCCGACUCAUUCGACGACGACGCGCUUCAAUAAUGAACAAAGCGGUGUAAUAAUUGACUAAAAAUUAAGUACGAAGCGACGACAGUGCUACCCAACAUUUGGUCUUUUGUUCAAGUAGAAGUAGUGCGGAAAAGCCGUCUCUGUUUUUUUUCAUUUUCCUUCUCGAAUGAAAUAUUUUUCUCAGUGAAGAAAAAUCCCAUUUUAGAGUUUGAGAGUCGCGUGAGAAAUUUCUGAGAAACUCAAUUCUUCGCACGGAUGCAUAAAACUUUAGAAAAAUUUGAUAUUCAGGAUAAAAGUUUAAUCGAAACGCGAUACGAGCUCAUUUCCUUCGAGACAAAAAUCGAAUAGCAGAGAGAGGGGAUGAUAAACACGCUUUUCGUGCCCCAAUUUCUGGACGAAAAUCAAUAAAGCAAGCAAUUUUUAAUUCGUCUUUGUUUUUUAUGAGAAAUUCUCAGGUAAUUGAGUAUUUUUUUGAACUUUUAUCAUUGUCAGAAUUGGUACGAUUAAUUCGUACGUUUAGGGCGAAAAAAACUGUGUACCGUUCGAAUCUACUAGUAAUUUUCACCGUUGAUACAUACAUCGAUUGUCAAUUGAAAAACUUUUCCUUUUUUGUUGUCUUCGACGAUGUAUAAAUAGCAUUAAAAAGGUUCGUUGAAAAGUGAGUAACUAGCAACGACACGAGUAAAAAAAAGCAUAUUUCUCAGUUGUUUU